AUGGCGAUCAUUGUGUUUCUGAACCAAGUUCGUGCCGGAACGCCGGAAACGGACCGCCUCAUCACAUACCAACCAUCAGCGGACCGCUCUCUUGAAAUCACAAGCUGCAUAGACAUGGUUGUGGCAGUCAAGGGUCGCUACACAGGUGAGUCUUCAGGCACGGCUACGAGCAGUAGAUUCGACAAGUUCAUGGCUCACCUCUCCUUUGGGAAGAGCGAAAAAGUCCCUCUGCAAGGGUUCGAGAGCUAUCAGGGCUCGCUAGAGUCCCUCGCGAUCAUGGUCGAGAAGGCCAAAGCAAAAGGGCUUGGGGAAUUGCACACGUGGAUUACCGUCGUUGACCCCACACCCCUGGAGGAGGAUUUCAUUUACAGUCCUGACAGGUAUAAGCAUCUCAUGGAAUUAACCAAGCAGGUGGAGGGCCUGAUUGACCGCUUGGGAGGGUCAUAUGUGAUUAUCUCUCACCCGGCUGGGCUGUUGAAAGUCGAGCUUCGGGCUGAUGAGGAGUUCUCUUCGUUUGAUGGGCUGAACACUGAUCAAGAUGGCUCCGAUGGCCUACCACUCACCACUGACCAGAGCUUGACCUUCAACGUUCUUAUCAUCAGCGCCAUCGCACUUGCCAGCGGCACCGCAGCCGGCAACACACGCAGGAUGACCAACUUUCCAAUCCGGCAGAAUGGCUUCUCGGACUUCUGCCAGGUGUACAGCCUCGACCAGAAGGGCAGCGAGCUCCAGGUGUCGGGCGAGUGCUCGCCCGAGCCCAAUGGCGCCCGGAACAUGGGCGCCGCCCUGUUCACGUCCCACAUCAAUAUCAACAAGUGCCUGGCCAAUGUCGACGGCAACUUGGUCCCGUCUCAGGCCGGCGGCGCACUGGGCAGUUGCCAGUGUGAUGUGGGCUUCACGCUCUGCCCUACCUGCAAUGGCACGAGCCUGCAGUGCGUGUGCACGGACGUGUCCGGCUCGGGCAAGAAGACCACCCUGACGGAUAUGAACACAUUCCUAGGCAUCGGGUUGGAUGGUGAGGGCCGCGUGGUGCUGUACUGCAAUGGGGUCUAUGGAGAGUGGAACCAGUGCACCAAGAACGGGGCGAAGACGGACUGCCCACCGAUCGGGAAGUAG